AUGGAACACGAAGACAGAGCCAAGUUUGCUGCAGAGCGCCUGUUGGGCUACACGAAGGACCCCUCCGGCUGGAAAGUCUGCAAGAAAUCCAAUGACGUGGUUGUGUCUUGGCGUCCGUCUGUGGAGUAUCCAGGAAACGUAUACAAAGGGGAGGCGCUGGUGAACGGGGGUCUCCUCAAAGUCUGGGAGUGUCUGAAGCCGAUCCCCAAUGGACUUCGGGUCAAAUGGGAUUCUAACGUCAAGAAAUUCGAGCUCCUGCAGCAGAUCACAGAGGACGUGUCCGUGUGUCGCACCGUCACGCCGUCCGCCGCUAUGGGCAUCAUCUCUCCCCGAGACUUUGUUGAUGUUAUCGUUGUUAAAAAGUACGAAGACGGCACCAUCUCAUCCAAUGCCACCAACGUACUGCACUCGUCCUGCCCCCCUCAGCCGGGCUUCGUCAGGGGCUUCAACCACCCCUGCGGCUGCGUGUGUGUGCCGGUGCCAGGGGAGCCGAACAAGACGCAGGUGUUCACCGUGUUCCAGACUGACCUUGGGGGCCUGCUGCCUCGCUCCGUGGUCGAGUCCUUCUUCCCCUCCAGCAUGGCCGAGUUCUACUGCAACCUGACCAAAGCAGUGAAGUCGCUCAAGGACUUCUGA